AUGGGCAGCCCACUGUCUAGCGACUUAUGUGAGCUGGUAUUACGUAGAUUGGAAGAAACAGUCAUACCAAAGUAUAGUUCUAAUAUAAUUAUUUAUAAGAGAUAUGUGGACGAUGUCUUUAUUCUGUGGAAAAUGAAACCACACAUCAAUGAGUUUUUGAGCCACAUGAACAAAAAUCCAUACGGGCUGACCCUGAAACUAGAUCAAUUAACAACCAUCAAUGCACACUUCCUAGACAUAAACAUCAUGCUCAACGGUGGAAGUAUUGAUACGGGUAUAUAUUAUAAACCCAGCUACAUCCCAUGGUUUAUACCGGCAAACUCAGCGGACCCGUACAAUUAUAAAAUCGCAGCAUUCCGGGCAUUGGUUAGAAGAGCAUUUAUGCACCCUUCUAAAUGGAGUGACACGAUAACUGAGUUACAAAAUAUAGAACGCAUUGCAGUCGCACAUGGAUACAGAAAAGAACUAAUACGAGGACUGGCAAAUGCCUAUUUACGAACACAUGAAACACAAGAGGCACCCAUUACUCAAAAUGCUAAUCAAGAUUCAAAGAGAAGACUCAAUAUCGUUGAAUACAGCAAACAAUUUCAAGCGUUAUGUAGAGAAAUUGCAACUAAAACGAACACCAAGGUAGCGUACUGA